UCCAGGUGAGUCUGAGAGCGGCGCCCCCUGCUGGCCGUUCCGCCGCUCUGCAGCGCUCCUGCUCCGCCAUGUCUCUGAGAACACUCCCGCUGCUGGUUCUGAACAUGGGCGGAGAAAUGCUGUAUAUUCUGGACCAGCGGCUCCGAGCCCAGCACGAAACAGACGAUAAAACCCAGAGAGGAGGUUGGUCAGAAGAUGACAGAAAAAGAGUGCUGAAUGAUAUAGUGCGCUCCAUGUUCAGUAAGGCGUUUAUGGAGGAGCUGAUGAAGCCGCAGGAUCUGUACUCUCAGCGAGCUCUGCGCUGUGUGCUAACACGGCUAGCUCACACCUCCAUCAUGAGACUCAACCCUGCCAGCAUGGACAGACUGUAUGAUCUGAUGAUGAUGGCGUUUAAGUAUCAGCUCCUGCUCUGUCCUCGACCCCGAGACCUGCUGCUCAUCACCUGUAACCACGUGGACGCGGUGAGGGACAUGGUGAAGGACAGUCCCUGCCUCAUCAACCAGAUCAAUGAUGCACAGAGACAGAUCCUGGAGAUGUAUACUCCUUUAUCAGACGGUGAGCUGCAGUUCAUAAGGCAGACCCUCCUCUCUCUGUUUCAGGACGUUCACGUCAGGGUGUCAAUCUUCCUGAAAGAGAAGAUUCAGAACCCAGAUGGCCGUUUUGUUUUACCGACCUCAGGUCCUGUUCCUCACGGCUCAGACGUCCCCGGAUUAAUCAGGUGGUUUAACAGCAGGGGCAGGGAGGUGAGGAGGCGAGAGUUCCCGAGUGGAGGAUGUUACUGCAGCUCGUUGAGGGAGGGCUCGUUUGAUGUAGCUGGAGACAGAGUGACGCGUCUUGGCACAAACAUGUACUGCACUACUUCAUCUGAAGACACUCGCACCUCAGACUCCUCCAAGAACACCUGUAAAACCAAACAACAGGCGAGCGUGGAUCCGAACCCUCUGGCUAAGGAGGAGCUGAACCUGCUGGCGAAGCUGAUGGGGGGGAUGGAGGUGUGGAAUCUGGCGAGUGCAGAUGGAGGAGUGAAAGUGAAUCUGUUCCUCUCAGAGCAGGAGGAGGACGACGGGGGGAUCUCUUCGGGCGGAGAUGAGCCAGCAUUUGGUGUCAUAAAUAUUCAGGCAACACAGGAUCAUCAGGUGAACACUGAGUUAACUCGUAUUGCGGAGGAGUUGUUGGUGCAGCAGGAUCAGCCUGAACUACCAAGUAACAAAGGGGACGACCUGCUCGCCAUGAUGGACGAACUCUAAAGAAAAAACAAAUAGAGCUCUGGAAAAAAUAAGAGAGCACUUAAACAUGACGAGUUUCUUUGAUUUUAUCAAAUUAAAAACCUCUGAAAUAUAAUCAAGAGGAAGAUGGAUGAUCACAAGCCAUCAAACCACCAAACUGAACUGCUUGAAUUUUUGCACCAGGAGUAAAGCAGCAUAAAGUUAUCCAAAAGCAGUGUGUAAGACUGGUGGAGGAGAACAUGAUGCCAAGAUGCAUGAAAAUUGUGAUUAAAACCAGGGUUAUUCCACUAAAUAUUGAUUUCUGAAC